GGGUGGCAAUCAAUUGACCUGAUAAUCAGAAGCAUGGCGGCUGAGAAUGGAGAAAUUGAGGUGAAGGAAAUGACGAAGAAGCAGAAGCACAAGGGAAAACAUGACAAACCGAAGCCGUGGGACGAGGACCCAAACAUCGAUCAUUGGAAGAUUGAAAAAUUCGAUCCCUCUUGGAAUGAAAGCGGCAUGCUAGAAGCCAGUUCGUUCUCUACCCUUUUCCCUCAGUACAGAGAAAAAUACUUGCAAGAAGUGUGGCCAAUGGUGAAAUCUGCUUUGAAGGAAUAUGGCGUUGCAUGUGAGUUGAACCUGGUUGAGGGGUCAAUGACUGUUUCAACUACUAGAAAAACUAGGGAUCCCUAUAUCAUUAUCAAAGCGAGGGAUCUCAUUAAGCUUUUAUCAAGAAGUGUUCCAGCACCUCAGGCAAUCAAAAUUCUGAAUGAUGAAAUGCAGUGCGACAUCAUCAAGAUUGGAAACUUGGUCCGCAAUAAGGAGCGAUUUGUUAAACGACGACAGCAUCUUGUGGGUCCAAAUUCUUCCACUUUGAAGGCCCUUGAGAUUUUGACAGGCUGCUACAUCUUAGUUCAGGGAAACACUGUCGCUGCUAUGGGCUCAUUUAAAGGUUUGAAACAAGUAAGAAGGAUUGUGGAAGACUGCAUUCAAAAUAAAAUGCAUCCUGUAUACCAUAUAAAGAUUCUUAUGAUGAAGAAAGAACUUGAAAUGGAUCCUGCACUUAAAAAUGAGAACUGGGACAGGUUCCUUCCCAAGUUUAAGAAGAAAAAUGUCAAACAAAAGAAGGUUAAGAGCAAAGAAAAGAAACCAUAUACACCAUUCCCUCCUCCUCAACCACCUAGUAAGGUUGAUAUGCAGCUGGAGUCAGGAGAAUACUUUUGGAGCAACCAGAAGAAACAAGCGAAGAAGUGGCAAGAGAAACAGGAGAAGCAAGCAGAAAAAACAGCUGAAAACAAAAGAAAACGGGAAGCUGCUUUCAUUCCUCCCGAGGAGCCCAAAGAGCAGAAUGCUGGUACAUCAGAGGAUAAAAAUAAUGAUGUGGCUGCUAUUGCCAUCUCAAUAAAGGCAAAGGCAAAGGAAUUCGGGAAGAAAAAGGCUAUUGAGAAUGUCAAUGCAGAAGAAUAUAUUGCUGCAUCAGGAGAGCUACCUAAGAAAAAGAAAUCAAAGCAUGUUUAGUCUAGAUAUUCAUGCUUAUCAUAGAACGCUUUUAUUAGUUUGGCUUUGCUAAGUUGCAUGCCAUUGUAUACCUUGUUUAUUAUUUUUGUUGAGUUGCAUGCCUUUGUAUUCCUUGUUUA